CAUAUGAAUGUUGUCCAACUCGUUAGCUAGCUGACAGAAACAGAAGCAGCGGGCGAGGGAUUUACAUCCUGUAGGAUAGGUAACCAAAAUAUGCGGUGGAUAUAAGUCGUCAUAUGAAAUUCUUCCGGUCAUGACCACGUGAAGAGGACAAACAAGAACAGAUUUUUGGACAAAUCGAGUGGCUGCUGCUCAGCUAUCUCACAGGUCCUUUCGAAGUUUGGGCAAGUUUACAAACGACAUCACUUCGUCAGUCGUCUACCUUUCCAGACAACCCAACACUUUAGAGACAAAAGAACAUGGUUUCCUGGAUUAUUUCAAGAAGCGUCGUGCUCGUUUUUGGAACCCUGUAUCCUGCGUACUACUCCUACAAAGCUGUCAAGACAAAAAAUGUCAAGGAAUAUGUCAGGUGGAUGAUGUACUGGAUUGUUUUUGCCCUCUAUACAGUAGUGGAGACCAUCACUGACCUGACACUGGCAUGGUUUCCAUUGUACUAUGAGCUGAAGGUAGCGUUUGUAAUUUGGCUCCUAUCCCCUUACACCAGAGGAGCAAGUCUCAUUUACAGGAAAUGUUUGCACCCCCUACUGUCUUCUAGAGAGAGGGAAAUCGAUGAGUAUAUCGUGCAGGCCAAGGAAAAAAGUUAUGUGACAAUGGUGAACUUCGGCAAGCAGGGGCUCAGCAUUGCAGCCACUGCUGCUGUCACUGCAGCUGUCAAGGGACAGGGUGCCAUCACAGACAAGCUGCGGAGCUUGAGCAUGCAUGACCUUACACAGAUCAGUCAGCAAGAUGGCAGAGGAGACAACCCGCUGUAUCAGUACAGCUCCCGUGCUGCCAAUCCAUCCGUCCGACGAGCUCAGAGUGCUGAUGCACCUGAUAAUUCAGAAUACUUCUAUGACCAGGAUGACAGGAGCGAUGACGAGGCCGAACCAAUUUUCUCUGAAGAUGAGGCUGUUACUCAAAAAGGACUGAGGCGAUCUCAGAGUGUGAAGCUGACACGGUCCAGAAUCCGUAAAGAUGCUCGGUAUGGAUCCCUCAAGAUUAAGGGGAAGAAAAGACCAGCAUUGAGUUCACUAAACUAUGGCGUGUGACAAGACUUCUCAUACAUGGGUACAAAUCAGAGUUGUGAAAGAUCAUAUAUAUGUCUGAAAUUUGACUGUUGAAUAUUUUUAUAUACAGUAUGUAUGCAGUGAGUCUGAAAGGUAUAUGCACCUCUGUUAAAAUGGCAGGUUUCUUCUUUAAAUAUUAAAAAAAAAAUUGAAAACCAUUUCCGUCAACCCUUUCAGGGACAGUGGUCACAACAGUGGACAGCUGUUCGAAGUUUGACACUGAAGACCGUUAACCUUUUAUAGGGCAAGUGAUUAUUUUUGGUCAUUUAAAGAACAACUUAAAUAUGAACAAUUAUUAUUAUUAUAUAUAUUUCUAAAUUAUUCAUAAUUAUUGUAGUUAUUCUAUUACCGUAUUUUCCACACUAUAAGGCACACCUUAAAUGAAUGGCCUGCAGCUUUUUGUCCAGUGCGGCUUAUUUGUUGCUUUAUUUAGGUUAAUAGGUAACACUUUACUUGACAGCGGUGUCAUAAGACUGUCAUAAGACAGUCAUAAUUAUGACAUGACACUAUUAUAGGCAUUACUGAUUGCUCAUGACAGAUGUCAUUAAAUGUCAUCUGGCAAAUUAUGUCACUAAUUCCAUUUAUGUCCAGCUCUGAUCUUUUACAUCCAUUUAAAAGUGAGCUAAUUUGCCGGGUACAUUAACUCAUUUGCUCCCAGAAACGUAUAAAUACAUUCUAUUUUUAAAUGCUUCACUGUCCCAAAAACGUAUUUAUACGUCUUUUGCGGUUAUUUUUAUUUAUUUAUUUUUUUUUUAAUAAAAAGCAUAUAUAGCUUCCCCUGUAUCUGAGAAACAAGGAACAACGCUCCAAACCCAUUUUAAAGCAAUAAAACUGGCCACUGGAAGGCAGUAGCGCAUUUUGUAAGACCUGGCAACCAGAUUCAACAGCAAUGAACGGCCGGGCAACAUGGUCGGAGCGCUGGCGGCAUGAUGCCAGGCGGCGCUCCGACCGAACAAAACAGCCGAGAGGACGCCUGGGAGGCCAGGGGCUGCGUGACCGAGCAAAACGAGUGAGACCCCCAGUGCAGCGGCUCUCCGAGCAGACCCCGCAGAAACGCAAAAAUAAUCCGUCUUUGUGAGACAGACAAAGAUGAGGGAAAAGUUUACACGGCUGACGCUGCGACAACUGCGUCAUCUCGGCAGCAAACCGUCAUCUCUCAGUAGUCAUGUGUGAAUAAAUUGUUACAUUGCUAUCAAAAGCUCUAUUUGUCUGGUUGUUCAUGGUAUUUUGUAAAUGGAAAACAUUAUUCAGAUUUUUGGGAUGUAACUAAUGCAAAAAAUAGCUUUGUUAAAAUCAAAGUUAUGUUUGAAAUGUAUGCGUUUACAAAAAGCUAAUUUCUCCGUUUUUUCAUCAGAAAUUGGAAAAUUGCUCAAACUAAGCUAUUUUCUAAUGCUGAUUUCUAAAGAUUGGAAAAAGAUAUAACUUACUUUUUUCUGCUGAAAGAAGAGAGUCUAAUCUUUCUUUUGGUGGGUUCCAUGUUUAUAUAGCAAUAGAACAGAAUUUUCUGUGGGCCUUGCAAAAUCAGUCAAAAUCCAGAAAAACGGCCGGGAGCAAAGGGUCUUGCUCUGGUGAAAAUGGCUGGGAGUGAAUGAGUUAAAUGGCAUCUGCUAUCAGGAUUCAUUAAUGCUUAUGACAGUGUCAUCUCAUUAUUAUGAUUGUCUUUUGGCGCCACUGUCAAAGAAAGUGUUACCAAAUACCAUUACUUGCAAUUAUUGAAACAACUGGAACAGUAACUGAAGAAAUAAUUAACACAGGACAUGAAUUUUGAUUGUUAUUUACCUGUAGCGCUGCAAUGCAUGCUAGGAGGCAUGUUGGACAACAACAGUAGUGGCAGCAGAGGUUGACCGUCUCCCCCAAGGGAGCAGAAAUUAAAUUUUGCAGCCAAUUGGUUCAAAGCUUCAUGGUUGUUCAUUUGGUCUUAUGACAUACAGUGAGGACAACUGCGGCUUAUAGUCCAGUGCGUCUUAUCUAUUUAAAAAAUGCCGUUUUCGUGUCAAAUUUGGUGGGUGGCGGCUUAAAGUCAGGUGCGCCUUAUAGUGCGAAAAUUACCACAAUACUAUAGUAUGAAAUAACAUUUUAAGAUAGAUUUUUUUCCCCCCAUAGUAUUUAACUCUUUUCAUGCCAUUGACGGUGUUAGCACGACCAAUCCAUUUAAACUGGGCAGAAUAGCCUUGAAGACUUACCUUCCAUUGCCGCUGACGGUGCUAGACGUGCAAUUUAUUUUGACUGGGGGGGCCGAAUAAACGAACGUUAAUGGCAGCCAAUGGGUCAAAUGAGUGUCCUGGAAGGGUUUAAAAAAAAAAAAAAAAACUGAAUUGCAAGCAACACAUUUAAACAGGGGUGUGAAGACUCUUUAUCCACUGAAUACAAGUACGUGUGUAUUUUAAGUCCAUCCGUCAUUUUUUUCCCUACUAUUUCACUUAACGUGGAAUAUAUGACGUAUCAAUGCUUUUAACCACAAAAAAGUACUAGUCCUUCUAAAAAAAAAUAGCAUAUUGUGAUAAAGUUAAUUAUUUUCUGUAAUGUACUAAUAAACAUUCGACUUUCAUAUAUUUUAGAUUCAUUAGACGCAGCUGAAGUAGUUCGCCUUUUAUUGUUUUAAUAUUGAUGAUUUUUACAAAAAAGUCAAGAAAUACCAAAAAUCCCUAUCUCAAAAGAUUAGCAUAGCAAAGAAGCUACUAAUUUAAUCAUCUGAAUCCACGAAUUAACUCAAAACCCCUUCGAAAAAUUCCUGAGGCUUUUAAAAACUCCCAGUCUAGUUCAUUACUCAAAACCGCAAUCAUGGGCAAGACUGCCGACCUGAAUGCUGUCCAAAAGGCCAUCAUUGACACCCUCGAGCAAGGGGCUAAGACACAGAAAGAAAUUUCUGAGCGAAUAGGCUGUUCCCAGAGUGCUGUAUCAAGGCACCUCAGUGGGAAGUCUGUGGGAAGGAAAAGGUGUGGCAGGAAACGCUGCACAAUCAGAAGACUGGACCGCACCCUGAGAAAGAUUGUGGAGAAGGGCCGAUUCCAGACCUUGGAGGACCUGCAGAAACCUGGAAAUGGGCUACAGGUGCAGCAUUCCCCAGGUCAAGCCACUUAUGAACCUGAAACAGCGGCAUAAGCGCCUGACCUGGGCUACAGAGAAGCAGCACUGGACUGUUGCUCAGUGGUCCAAAGUACUUUUUUCAGAUGAAAGCAACUUUUGCAUGUCAUUCGGAAAUCAAGGUGCCAGAGUUUGGAAGAAGACUGGGGAGAAGGAAAUGCCAAAAUGCCUGAAGUCCAGUGUCAAGUACCCACAGUCAGUGAUGGUCUGGGGUGCCAUGUCAGCUGCUGGUGUUGGUCUACUGUGUUUUAUCAAGGGCAGGGUCAAUGCAGCUAGCUAUCAGGAUAUUUUGGAGCACUUCAUGCUUCCAUCUGCUGAAAAGCUUUAUGGAGAUGAAGAUUUCAUUUUUCAGCACGACCUGGCACCUGCUCACAGUGCCAAAACCACUGGUAAAUGGUUUACUGACCAUGGCAUUACUGUGCUCAAUUGGCCUGCCAACUCUCCUGACCUGAACCCCAUAGAGAAUCUGUGGGAUAUUGUGAAGAGGAAGUUGAGAGACACCAGACCCAACACUGUGGAUGAGCUUAAGGCUGCUAUCGAAGCAUCCAUAACACCUCAGCAGUGCCACUGGCUGAUUGCCUCCAUGCCACGCUGUAUGGAGGCAGUCAUUUCUGCAAAAGGAUUCCUGACUAAGUAUUGAGUGCAUAGCUGAUAUAAUUAAUUUGUUUGACUUUUUUUGUAUUAAAAAACACAGUUUUGAAUUGGUCGGAUGAAAUUUGGUAAUUUUUUGAGAUAGAGAUUUUUUUUUUUUUCUUGACGUUUUUGCCAAAAUAAUCAAUAUUAAAACAAUAAAAGGCUUGAAGUACUUCUGUUGUGUGUAAUGAAUCUAAAAUAUAUGAAAGUCUAAUGUUUAUCAGUACAUUACAGAAAAUAAUGAACUUUAUCACAAUAUGCUAUUGUUUUAGAAGGACUAGUAACUUGCCAAGGCUCCUUAUGACAUCACCUACAAGUUUUAGGUUUGAAUGAUUAUUGUGGAUACAGGGCACAGUUGUGCAUGUUGUAAUGCCAUACCUGUGAGAUGGAUGCUCACUGACACAAAUUAUGUGAACAAUAUGUGUGUGGGCCUUUGGUAUGGAAAAACGUAGAGAGAACUUUGAUCCACCUCAUGAAAAAUGGGAGCAAAAACAAGAAUUUUACAUGAUUUAGUUUUGAACAUAUUCUGCUUUUAACAUGUAUUUGAGUUUGUUUCUUUCAUAUUUUUGGAUUAGAAGGGCUUUUAUAUUAUUCAUUCAUUCAUUCAUAGCUUUUUUGCAAAUGCAUCUCAUCCCAAAGCGCAAAAAAAAAAAAAAAAAGUAAUAACUGCUGUUUUGUUGCUUGUCAUCUCAAUUUUUAAGUAAUGGACUUGCAAGUUGGACACGGCACACCAACUUUUUUUGUCCUUAAUGAAUCGUUUUAUUGUUGCAGCCUUCAGUGAAAGGAACGGCGUUGUGACAUUUCAAAGGAGAAACUGUCGUUGUUCCUGUUACUUUAUUGGGCUGUCAGACUUUCCAUUUCUAUAUAAAUUGAAGGAUGGAGACUGUUGAAGGUUGAUGGCUUUUUUUUUUUAAUGAAUAGUUUGAUCAUGGCUAUUUUCUCAGUCGUGAAAUGGGGCAUUACAGUGCCAUGAAAAAGUAUUUGCCUUCUUUUGAAAUUCUUAUUCUUUUGCAUUUUCCAACUGUAAUGUGUCAGAUCAUCAAAUUAUAUGAAUAUAAAGCAGCGAUAACCCAAGUAUGCAUGAAUUGUAGUUUUUGGAUUAUUUCAUUUUCCCCACUCAGCAGCACUAGUUGAACUCAAGCAUUCUCUAAAACUUUUUCAUCCCUGCCGUGAUAUUCUCGACAAUUUGUCCUUGCAGAAUUUUCCAUUCAGAAACACUGGAUUAUUUUCAAGCUUUAACAGCCUUUAAAAAAAAAAAAAAAAAAAAAAAAAAAAAGAUUUAACAGCAUUUCAGUCAGAUGGAAAUACAGUGAGGAAAAUAAGUAUUUGAACACCCUGCGAUUUUGCAAGUUCUCCCACUGAGAAAUGAUGGGUGGGUUUGAAUUUUUCAUGGUAGGUGCUUGUGCACUGUGGGAGACAAUCUAAAGAAAAAAAUCCAGAAAUCUCACUGUAUGAUUUUUUAAAAACAAUUUAUUUGUAUUCUACUGCUGCAAAUAAUUAGUUGCCUGAAAAAGUCCAACGAAUAAGUGGAGUGGAGGUGAACUUUUUGACCUGUUUAAGGCGGUUAGCUGCAAAUAAACACCUGUCCACCCCAUACAAUCAGGAAGACUCCAAUUCCUAACAUGGUGCAGACCAAAUAGCUGUCCAAAGACACCAGAGACAGUAUUGUAGACCUCGACAAGGCUAAACAGGGUUAAGGGGCAAUUGCCGAGCAGCUUGGUCAUAUAAUAUCCACCGUUGGAGCAAUUAUAAGAAAAUGGAAAAAUCUAAACAUGACUGUCAAUCUCCCUCGGAUCUGGGCUCCAUGCAAGAUCUACCUCGUAGGGUUUCAAUGAUCCUAAGAAUGGUAAAGAAUCAGCCAAGAACUACAUAGGAGGAGCUGGUCAAUGACCUGAAAGGAGCUGGGACCACCAUUUCCAAGGUUACUGUUGGUAAUACACGAAGACGUCACAGUUUAAAAUCAUGCUAGCACAGAAGGUUCCCCUGCUUAAACCAGCACAUGUCCAGGCCCAUUUUAAGUUUGCCAAUAUCCAUUUGGAUGAUCCAGAGCAGGGGUCCCCAACCUCCGGACCGUUACCGGUCUGUGGCGCAUUUGCUACCGGGCCGCAAAAAAAAAAAAAAAAAUUAUUAACAACUGCAUUCUGGCUGAAUUAACUUUGGUGUGUGCCCCUUAACACACCAAUAUCCCUGUCUACUCUAGAUAUAAUACUACAGGAUAGAAUGUCGUCAUAGAAAUCCAUUAAUUGGACUGCUAGCAGUACAUCUUGUUUUGUAUAUCUAUGUGUGCUUGUCCUCGAUAAUAACGUAUGACGCUGGGCAGGCGCAUCACAAUUGUUCCUGGAAAUAAUUAGCACCCACACUAGAUUGACUGAAAAACAGACCUAAUUGGACAGCUUUUUUACUGGGAAAAGGGGCACCUGACGAGCCAGAAUACAAAAUACUCUUUCCACUCCCUUAAGACUGACGAACUGCGAAGGUGUGGAUUUAUAACCCGUUUGUGAAAAAAACGAGUGAUUCGAGCAUGUCUGUGCAACAGGAGGAUCAGGUUGUAAGGAUCGCAAAUAAUGGCUACCUUAAACGUACUGUACAUUUGAGACAACAACUCUACUGAGGUUCUGGAUUAAAGUAAUUCUGGAAUAUCUUGACAUCGCUAGGAGAGCAUUGAAAACCAUGCUACAAUUUCCAUUAUCGUAUCUUUGUGAAGCGGGCUUCUUCAUUCACCUAUCACACAUUGAUGGAACCAUCUCGUCUCAACGAAACAAGCUCAGGUCUCCCAAUGAUUCAGCGGGUGAGUUAUAUUUUCCCCGCACUUAACACGACGGGGCUAAAAACAAAUGUUAUUUUUAUAUUUGCUUUUUUUUCUGCCACACAUUGCCGGUGUUCUGACACAUUUUGCAUGCACGUGAUGUUAAAAAUGGCCGCGAAUGCAGCGAUUCCAAAGUAAAUACACUUUAAACUUUCUUUCAAGAAAGGAAUAUUAACUUACGUUUGAUCAUGGACGGACAUGUAGAAAAGUUCUCAGACACAUCCUGUCACGUUAGCUGCACACAACAACUGCUCGCCGCUCUCUCACUUAACGACUUUGCCAUGUCGUUAAGCAUUAAUUAACACGAUUUUCGUGUUGCACAUGUAUGUUUAUGAUGUAAAUAGUUGUUUUUAGCACCGUUGGAUAACAUUGAGAGUCACAACUGAAUAUAAAAGAGGGCUUUUUCACCGCCACAAAAGCUUUGGGAGCAAAAUUAUAUAAGGGUGCAAAAUUUGAGAGAACAUCGGUCUGUGAAAAAAGGACCCAAAUCACACGGGUCCAUGGUGCAAAAAAGGUUGGGGAACCCUGAUCCAGAGGACUCGUGGGAGAAAGUCAUGUGGUCAUAUGAGAUUAAAAUGGAACUUUUUGGUCUUAAUUCCACUCAUAGUGUUUGGAGGAAGAAGUAUGAUGAGUACUAUCCUAAGAGCACCAUCCCUUCUGUGAAGCAUGGGGGUGGUAGCAUCAUGCUUUGGGGGUGUUUUUCUGCAUAUGAAACUAGAGAACUGCGCGUUACUAAAGAGAGGAUGACCAGGGCCAUGUAUUGUAGGAUUUUGGGGGAAUAACCUCCUUCUCUCAGUUAGAGCAUUGAAAAUGGGUCGCGACUAGGUCUUCCAACAUGACAGUGACCCAAAGCUGACGGCCAGAAUAACCUAGCCUGGAACUCCAGACUCUGGGACUCCAGACUCUAGACACUCUCAGACUCCAGAGUCUGGGACCCAACACCUUAUUGGCCUGUCAAGCCUGAACAUAACAGUCCGUGCCAUCAGAUUCGUUUAUUUACGUGACGUGUUUUUAACGAGCAACGUCACUCUUGCGUGUCGGAAGUCGUCUCCACAACAACACAGAUGGCAAACGGGAAAGCCGAGAACAUGUUCCUAUAAGCGGUAAAUUCAGUUUUAAAUGACCAAAAGCACAUUGAGUCGCUAAACCAAAAGUCUCGCGCUAGCCAUGUUGAAUAAACUUUCCUGUUCUCCGCUCUCGUCAUAUGUUUACGUCCUCGCACUAGAGUUUCUUGUCGCUUUACCAACGUGAUGUCCGCCCCUCGCUGAUUGGUCCACUCCGCUGCCUGUUUGCUGAGGCUUGCUCCGCCCUGGUAAUUUGAUCUGCUGAACAGUCGCCAGACUCUAUCGCUGGAACAGCGGUGAGUCUGGAGUUCCAGGCUAAGAAUAACCAAGUAGUGGCUUUGUAAAAAGCAUAUAAAGGUUCUGCAGGGGCCUAGCCAGUCGCCAGACCUAAACCCAAUAGAAAAUCUUUGGAGGAAGCUCAAACUCCGUAUUUCCCAGUGACAGUUCAGAAACCUAAUUGAUCUAGAAAAAAUCUGUGUGGAGCAUUGGUGCAAAAUCCCUGCUGCAGUCUGUUAAAAGUUAUAGGAAACAUUUGACCUCUGUAAUUGUAAUCAAAGGCUACUGUAUCAAAUAUUAACAUUGAUUUUCUCACGUGUUCAAAUACUUAUUUGCAGCAGUAUAAUACAAAAAUAAAUUGUUAAAAAAGUCUUCCUGAUUGUAUGGGGUGGACAGGUCUUUAUAUAAAGCUAACUGCCUCAAACAGGUCAAAAAGUUCACCUCCAUUCCACUUAUUCGUUGGACUUUUUAAAGGCAAAUUAUUAUUUGCAGCAGUAUAAUUCAAAUAAAAAAAUUUAAAAAAUCAUACUGUGUGAGUUCUGAUUUUUUUUUUUUAAGAUUGUCUCUCACAGUGGUCAAGCAGCUACCAUGAAAAUUUCCAACCCGCCCAUCAUUUCUAAGUGGGAGAACUUGCAAAAUCGCAGGGUGUUCAAAUACUUAUUUUCCUCACUGCACUUAAUUCUCGAACGAUAAAAAAGUAUGUUCUCCGAGGUCCCCACUAUUUCAGUAGUACUGUGUUAAUGUAUUUGAGCAGCUGCGUUCAACUACCUUUUUUGAGAUAUUCUAGCUAAUUUGAUUUUUCAGAGGGGUUUUGUUUACUUGAUUUCUGAAUUGAACAGGUAAACAGGCUUUUUCUUAAACAUUAAGUUGCAAAACAAUUUGUAAAGGGAGCAAAUACUUUCUCAGCACUGUACGCAGUUUUCAUUUCCUUGACAGGUCAAGGACAGUGAAUAUAUUGGGAAUGACUUAAGGUAUUUCUAAAGUAUGUCAAAACACAUGGUCUCCAGCCUCAUGAAUACAAAUGAAUUAUUUUUUAACAGUAAUUUCACAGCACACAAAUUGUUCCGGUUUACGGCUUUGGUGAGCUGUCAUAACAAGCCAAAUCUUGUGUCAUAGUGUCCAUGCAAUGCACAUAACUGACUAAUUAUAUACCAAAGCUUUUUGUACUUAGUGUAGCUCAGGUUUUGAAUAACUGUUUUGUGGCUUACUGGAUUGUAAAUGUAAUAAAAAUUUCCCAUUUUUCUCUGGGCAACGGAGUCAUUGUUAUUUGACUGUAAUGAUCCUCUCUUUCAAGACGAGUCAUAGAUAUUACACAAUGUUCCCGCAGAUUUUCUGUGUGCGCAAAUUUAUUUAAUGGACUAGGGAUGUCCACGAUCCGAUUGCGGCAUUUUUCAGAUGAUCGGAAUUGUGUGAAAAGGAUCGGGCUUUUAAUCGAAAAAGAAAUACAGUGGGGCAAAUAAGUAUUUAGUCAACCACCAAUUGUGCAAGUUGUCCUACUUGAAAAGAUUAGAGAGGCCUGUAAUUGUCAACAUGGGUAAACUUCAACCAUGAGAGACAGAAUGUGGAAAAGAAAAACAGAAAAUCACAUUGUUUGAUUUUUAAAAAAUUUAUUUCCAAAUUAGAGUGGAAAAUAAGUAUUUGGUCACCUACAAACAAGCAAGAUUUCUGGCUGUCAAAGAGGUCUAACUUCUAACAAGGUCUAACGAGGCUCCACUCGUUACCUGUAUUAAUGGCACCUGUUUUAACUCAUUAUCGGUAUAAAAGACAUCUGUCCACAACUUCAGUCAGUCACACUCCAAACUCCACUAUGGCCAAGACCAAAGAGCUGUCGAAGGACACCAGAGACAAAAUUGUAGACCUGCACCAGGCUGGGAAGACUGAAUCUGCAAUAGGUAAAACGCUUGGUGUAAAGAAAUCAACUGUGGGAGCAAUUUUUAGAAAAUGGAAGACAUACAAGAUCACUGAUAAUCUCCCUCGAUCUGGGGCUCCAUGCAAGAUCCCACCCUGCAGAGUCAAAAUGAUAACAAGAACGGUGAGCAAAAAUCCCAGAACCACGCGGGGGGACCUACUGAAUGAUCUACAGAGAGCUGGGACCACAGUACCAAAGGCUACUAUCAGUAACGCAAUGCGCCGCCAGGGACUCAAAUCCUGCACUGCCAGACAUGUCCCUCUGCUGAAGAAAGUACACGUCCAGGCCCGUCUGCAGUUUGCUAGAGAGCAUUUGGAUGAUCCAGAAGAGGACUGGGAGAAUGUGUUAUGGUCAGAUGAAACCAAAAUAGAACUUUUUGGUAGAAACACAGCUUCUGGUGUUUGGAGGAGAAAGAAUACUGAAUUGCAUCCGAAGAACACCAUACCCACUGUGAAGCAUGGGGGUGGAAACAUCAUGCUUUUAGGCUGUUUUUUCUGCAAAGGGACCAGGACGACUGAUCUGUGUAAAGGAAAGAAUGAAUGGGGCCAAGUAUCGAGAGAUUUUGAGUGAAAAUCUCAUUCCAUCAGCAAGGGCAUUGAAGAUGAGACGUGGCUGGGUGACAAUGAUCCCAAACACACAGCCAGGGCAACAAAGGAGUGGCUUCGUAAGAAGCAUUUCAAUGUCCCGGAGUGGCCUAGCCAGUCUCCAGAUCUCAACCCCAUAGAAAAUCUGUGGAGGGAGUUGAAGGUACAUGUUGCCCAACGACAGCCCCAAAACAUCACUGCUCUAGAGGAGAUCUGCAUGGAGGAAUGGGCCAAAAUACCAGAAACUGUGUGUGGAAAAACUUGUGAAGAGUUACAGAAAACGUUUGGCCUCCGUUAUUGCCAACGAAGGGUACAUAACAAAGUAUUGAGAUGAACUUUUGGUAUUGACCAAAUACUUAUUUUCCACCAUGAUUUGCAAAUAAAUUCUUUAAAA